AUGACCGAAUUUGGUUUUAGCGCUUCAUCAUCUAAUUCUGAGCUCAAUCAAGAAGCUCAGCAGCAUGAUGAAGCCCAAGUAAUAAAGUUUAAUGUACCUUACGCACCCGAACUCAGCGAAGAUUAUUUGAUAGAAAUAUUAACUCCAUAUAAAGAGACAAUUGAUAAACUCCAAGCAUUCUUUUUAUGGAGACGACCGAUUCAAUUGAUUCUUGUUUUACUAUAUAUUAAUUUUUGGGCAAUAAUAAUAUAUUUAUUAAAUUUAUCAUUUAUUAACAUCUCGAUUAUCAUUACAGUUUCCUUUGUAUACAUUAUGAUGAUUCAUGAGCGUCAUGGUGUCGUUUCAAAUAUAUUCUUCCCACCUGUUCCUGUAGAUUAUGAUUCGACAGCAUCAAAUAGAAUUUACCCGCUUGAAAAUAUAGCACAUAUCAUAUCUAUAUUUGUAAGCCGCUUUUACUCUUUUUAUAAUAGUUGUUUUACAAAAUUAUCAGACUUAUCAUUUGUCGGCCAGCUUUCAUGGAUAUCAAUUUUGGUAUGUAUGUUCAUAUUCUUCAAGAUUGUACGGACAUUUUGGAUCGUUAUGUUUUUCAUUGAUGGUUUAUUAAUUUUACCAGGAUUUCUUUUCAAUCCGGCUAUUUAUCCAAGCAUUUCUGAUAAUAUGCAGUGGGUUUUGACUAUAAUAUCUCCUAAAUUACGCGAUUAA